GAAAAAACAUGUUAAAUCUGUAUAAAAUCGAAUAUAAUAAAUCAUAACCUAUAUAAAUUUGUAAUACAUGUUUCAAUUAUUCGCAAUAUUAUAAUUACGAUCAUAAAUUAUUUUUAAAAACGAAAAUCGAAGAAAAUGGGACGAAAAGUUUGUUUAGCAGCAUGUACAUUAAAUCAAUGGGCAUUAGAUUUUGAAGGAAAUCUAGCGAGAAUAUUACAAUCAAUACAAGAUGCAAAAGAGUAUGGUGCUGCUUAUAGAACAGGACCGGAAUUGGAAAUAUGUGGUUACAGUUGUGAAGAUCAUUUUUUAGAAUCCGAUACACUGUUGCAUAGUUGGGAAGUAUUAGCAGAAUUAUUAUUAUCACCAAUAUGUCGUGAUAUGCUAAUUGAUGUUGGUAUGCCAGUAAUGCAUAAAAAUGUUACAUAUAAUUGUCGCGUAGCAUUUUACAAUACGAAAAUAUUAUUAAUUAGACCUAAAAAAUCUUUAUGUGAUGAUGGUAAUUAUCGUGAAACACGUUGGUUCACUGCAUGGACUAAAUCACGGAUAACUGAAGAAUAUCAUUUACCUCGUAUGAUCACUGCCAUAACACAACAAACUGUAGUGCCUUUUGGUGAUGCUGUUAUAUCUACAAUGGAUACAUGUAUUGGAUAUGAAAUUUGUGAAGAAUUAUGGACUCCAAACAGUCAACACAUUCCAAUGAGCUUAGACGGAGUGGAAAUUAUAGCAAAUGGAUCUGGUAGUUAUAUGGAACUACGUAAAGCAUAUGUCACAGUUGAUUUAGUAAAAUCGGCCACAAUGAAAGCUGGUGGUUGUUAUUUAUUUAGUAAUUUACGUGGAUGCGAUGGACAACGUGUUUAUUUUAAUGGCUGUACCUCAAUUGCAUUAAACGGUGAUAUAAUUAGUCGUGGAAAGCAAUUUGCACUUGAGGAAGUUGAAGUAAUUACAGCUACGAUAGACUUAGAAGAUAUUCGUGCAUAUCGUAAUGCAAUUCGUUCGCGCAAUCAAGAAGCGACACAAUCACCGAGCUAUCCACGAAUCUGUGUCGAUUUUGCAUUAUCCAAAUCAUUUGAUUUCGCUUUACCUACACAUCAACCAAUUGAUUGUACAUACCAUACACCACAAGAAGAAAUCGCAUUGGGACCAGCAUGUUGGCUCUGGGAUUAUUUAAGACGAUCAGGUCAAGGUGGUUUUUUCCUUCCAUUGAGUGGGGGCGUCGAUUCAGCCAGUACAGCGUGUAUAGUGUUUUCUAUGUGUCAUUUAAUUAUAAAUGCCGUGUCUAGAGGAGAUACGACAGUUCUGUACGAUAUACGAAGAAUUCUAUGUGAACCCGAAUACACUCCACAAGAUCCGAAGGAAUUAUGUGGGCGAUUGUUUGUUACAUGUUAUAUGGGUACUGAAAAUUCUUCGGUUGAAACACGAAAACGUGCAGCUGAUUUAGCGUCACAAAUCGGUAGCUUUCAUACAAAUAUUAAUAUUGAUACAGCUGUUUCGGCUGUACUUGGUAUAUUUACAUCGUUAACAUCACUAGUACCGCAAUUCCGUUCACGCGGUGAUUGUGCACGUCAAAAUUUAGCUUUACAAAAUGUUCAAGCACGCUUGCGUAUGGUACUUGCGUAUCUUUUAGCACAAUUGAUGUUAUGGUCACGUGGUAGACCUGGUGGAUUAUUAGUGUUAGGAUCAGCGAACGUGGAUGAAGCAUUACGAGGCUAUAUGACUAAAUAUGAUUGUUCUAGUGCUGAUAUAAAUCCUAUUGGUGGCAUUUCAAAAACAGAUUUAAAAUCAUUUUUACAUUAUGCGAAAGAUAAAUUUAAUAUACCUGUGAUAUCAGAAAUAGUAGAAGCUCCACCAACCGCAGAAUUAGAACCAUUAAAUGACGGUGCUCUAACUCAAACCGAUGAACAAGAUAUGGGUAUGACCUACAAAGAAUUAAGUAUGUUUGGGCGUUUACGUAAACAACAAAAUUGUGGGCCAUAUUCAAUGUUUUGUAAAUUGUUGUAUCAAUGGAAUGAUAAUUGUACACCCGCUGAAGUUGCUGAAAAAGUUAAACAUUUCUUCCGAUGUUAUGCAAUUAAUCGUCAUAAAAUGACUGUAUUGACACCUUCUUAUCAUGCAGAAACAUAUAGUCCAGAUGAUAAUCGUUUUGAUCAUCGACCAUUUUUAUACAGAGCAAAUUGGUCAUGGCAAUUUAGAGCAAUUGAUGAACGUUUACUACAAAUUGCUGAAGAAAAAGGAAAUUCAACUGGUAAAAUAUCGGAGGCAUCAACACCAUACUCAUUACGAUUAUCAUGGAGUGAUCCAACAAGGAAAUUAUCAAAUAAAAUUCGAGAUCGAACUGGUGUUCAUGUCUAAUAAAUAAUUAUAAGUCUUAGAAAUAAAUAAA